UACACAACACACAAUUUGAAAAACACGAUUUUCGGUUAUAAGAGUUGUACCAGUUUUUUUUGACGCGAAGUGUACCCAACUAAAUUAUAUAAAAUUAUUAAAAUUUUAAUGUAUCUUAGGUAAAAUUAUGUUUUAAGUACAUGUCCCCCAUAUCCCUAUAAUAGUGCAAUCGGCUUGUGCUUGUAGUCGGUUCGGUUAUAAUCCCUAGCGCUGUGCGGACAUGUAAGUUCUCUCGUCCUGCUUGUCUCUUUCCUUUCGUUUUCAUUACUGCAGUAACUAAUCAGUAAAGUAAAUCAGUAUCAGUCUAUAAUCUGUCAAAAUUGUUUUACCUAACCUUCAAUCCUCCAAAGUUGAAAAAUAUUUUUAUGAAGUUUUUAGCAGUGGAUGGACAUGAAGCACCCUUUAAAUUUACAACGUGAACUAAAAAAGUUUAUUUACAGCGAUCUAGAGCUUCAUAGGAUUCCUCUUGGUUAUUUCAACAGGGAUGUACGUGGUGUACUAACACAUUGCCUUAAAGAUGCUUUAAAUUUAAAAGUAUCGUCAGAAAAGAGGCUAUUCGAGAUCAAUGUUAUUAUAGACUAUCUUAACGACGAACUUAAUUUGGGACACUGGUGUAAAGUACCUCUCAAAGUAAGACAUUGUUUCACAAUAUGCAGUUAUGUGAAAUGCCUCAUUCUUCUAAAUAGUGGUAGAAAUAGCAGACCGAAUUUAUUGAAGGAAUGUCUGAAUACUUUGGAUAUGGGCCUGUUACUAGGAGCUCCAUUGGAAGAAAAUCCCGAUCUUCUAACUGGUUCAGCAGAGUAUUUAAGGAAAGAACUGCAAAUAUAUAAUGUGGCAGAAAAUAAGGCUGAUAUUAGAGAAAAUUUAUCGAAAAGAAAAAUUGAUGAGCCUAAUGAUUUUAUGAACUUAAAAGGAAGGAUAGUAGAGUCUGUUGAACGUCCUUCCCUGCAAGAAUUCAUUGAACAAUAUUUUUUUGCCCAGCUGCCAGUAAAAAUUAAAGGCUGUUUAAAUCAUUGGCCAGCUUCGAAGAAGUGGACAGACUUAAAUUAUUUAUUAGAAAUAGCAGGUGACCGCACUGUACCGAUUGAAGUAGGUUCCCAGUAUACUCAUGAAAACUGGUCUCAAAAAUUGAUGACACUCAAAGAUUUUGUUACCAAGCAUUAUCUAUCAGAAGAUGGAAACAUAGGAUAUUUAGCCCAGCAUAAUUUAUUUGAGCAGAUCCCGGAGUUGAAAGAUGACAUCUGUAUUCCGGAAUAUUGCGGUAUGAGUGUAAAUGAUGCUGACCCUGAUAUAAACGCUUGGUUCGGACCUAAAGGAACUGUGUCUCCCUUGCAUACUGAUCCAAGUAACAAUUUACUUGCACAGGUUUACGGUACGAAGCAGGUCAUCCUUUUUGCUCCCUCCGAUACACAAUACUUGUAUCCGCACGAGGAAAAGCUGCUAAACAAUACAGCACAAGUGAAUCCCGUAAAGCCCGAUUUAGAGGAAUACCCGCAGUUUGCGAAGGCGACCAUGUUUAAAUGUCUUCUAGAACCAGGAGAGAUGUUAUUCAUUCCUGAAAAGUGGUGGCAUCAUGUUACAGCGUUAGAUAAAAGCUUUUCAGUUAGUUUUUGGUGGAAGUGAACAGCAUACCUACGUAGGUGGUCCGAUAAGCACUUAGACUCUCCGCCCGAUGGUUCCAAUCAGUGGCGUAGCAUAGUGGGGGCGGCACUUUUUAGGGGGCGGCGAAAUUUAACAAUAAAUAAGUAAUAAAAAUAUUUUGUAAAUAUGUAUUUGAACCAUUUUAUAUUUUUAUCGCAACUAGAUAUAAGCAACUGUAGAGGCCAAGCAUAUGAUAAUGCUGCUGUUAUGGCUGGAAAGUAUUCAGGAAUUCAGCAAAUAAUUCAUGAAAUAAACCCUAAAGCUGAAUUCGUACCCUUCUCAAAUCAUUCGUUAAACAUAGUUUGUUACACGCUGCCCCAGUUGAGGUGUAUUCAGUAACUUUUUUCAGCACUUUAGAACGUUGCUAUUCUUUUUUUUCCUCAUCGACACAUCGUUGGGAAGUUCUGACAUCAACUACAGGCAAAAGCUUAAAAAGGGUUCAAGACACGCGAUGCGGUGGAUUCAAGGGUGGAGUGCAAGAGGCGAUGCUGUAAAUGUGACCUGGCAUCAUUACAAAGACAUUCACUUUGGAAAAACUGACAGAGGCAGGUGAAAGCUUAAACUCUAGGACAGAUGCAGGUGCUUUACUAGUUUCGAUGCAGUCAUUUUCCUUUCUUUGUUUUUUGGGCCUGUGCCAACCGGUGCUACAUGAAGUGAAUGAUACACAAAAAUACAAACAGGGAGACUUGACAUAAGAUUGUGCGAUCAGAAAGUAAAUGCUUUGCAGAUGAUAUUAACAGAGAAAAGAGAGGAAUGGGCAAGUGGCGCUGUAGGUUAUGCAAAAAGUAUGUGUGAAGAACUUGGAAUUUCCAUAAAACCUAGGAGGCGCAUAACAAGAAAGCAUAUUUUUGAUGACGGAACUAGAGAUGCUAACUUGUCUUGUGAAAAUGAGUUGAGACAAAAACUGUUUGAUUCGUUAGAUAGAGUUAUUGUAGAAAUUCGUGAGCGUUUUCAACAGCUACAGAAUUCAACGGAUAAGUUUGCUUAUCUAACGCCGGCUAUAUUAUUAGAUCCAGACAACACUGAAUGUAAUCUAGACCUAGACUACGCAUCUGACUAAAUUGACGAGCCGGAUUUUAAGCUGGAAAGACUUCGACUGCGGACUCUCGUUGCUGCUACAGGCAACGAAAAUAAAUUGAUUAAUGCAGACUCACUUGAAUCAUUUAAAUUUAUUGUUAAAUCCAAGCUGGAAGAUACUUUGCCCAAUAUUUUAAUAAUGUUCCGAAUAUGUUUCACAGUUGCUAUAAGCAAUGCCAGAUGUGAGACAAGUUUUUCAAAUUUAAAAUUGAUUAAAAAUUAUUUAAGAUCGACAAUGAGUGGCAAUUUUAUCUAUCGAGCAAGAGGUGUGUGAUGCGAUCGACAUUGACGCUGCAAUAAAAGACUUUGCUCUUAAAAAAGUAAACGUAUAAAUUUUUAAUUGAAGACGGAAGUUUUGUUUUUAAUUCUAACAAAUACUCCUAUUACUUUUCAAUAAAAAUAUAACAUAGUAUCGUUCUAGUUCUAAUUAAAAAUUGAUUUUAUUUAAUCUUGUCGAUCGUCAAGGUGUACCUAAUUUUAAGUGAUAGGUACCUAAGUUAUAUCAAUGUAUGUAAUUGGUUAAAGUAAAAGAAUUUUUGUGUUAAUAAACGUGAUUGUAAAACUUAGAUAAACUUUUUUAUUUAGAAUCUAACCUGUAUAAUGCAAAAUAAUGGUGACUGUUCUCGCCGAAAAGUUCUCUAUAUAGUCCAGGGCGCAUCUGUUUUGAGAUGGACGUUGAGAGGUGACUCAAUUUUUUUUGCAGAAAUUGCUUGAAAAUAACUCAAAUAAUAAUUGAGUUAUCCUUUCACUCAAAAAGGUCCGGAACAUUGUUUAAAUAAUCAAAAUGUCAAAAAAUAAAGGAAAAAUUUCGAAUUUUUUCUUCGUUUUUUGAUUAUAACUUUAAAAGUGUUAUUUCCGAGAAAAGUUGCACAGACAUAAAAGUUGCGUAAUGAAAUUUCAUAUAAUAUAGGAUUAGUUAAAAUUUUUAAAAAUUGUCACCCUUAUUGCAAAAUAGCAAUAAUUGCAAAAAAAAACCAUUAAAAACAAGUAUUUGCAUUUUACGUUUUUCAACCAUUUAUGCUACACUUAGGACCUUCAUAUUUUACACAGAAAAACUAUAUGAUAAAAUAAAACAAUACUGUAAAGUUCAUUAAGAUCGGUUUAACAGAUUUUGCAAAAUAAAUUUUGCAAUCCAGGUUUAGCUAAAAAAAUUAAUUUUUUCAAAAUGUUGCAGGACUGAAUAAAGCAGAUAGCAAGUUGAAUUUUUUUUGCAUAUAGAAGAGUACCGUACCUUUCAUUUGUAAUUUGCAGAAUUAAAAUCGAUUAACUACCACGGCAUCAGGAUUUUUUUUAAAUAAACAUUAAUUUUUGGUGCUGCGCGCAGGACAGCGGUGUUCGAUUCACACAAGUUGAUUUCCAGCUAAAUUUCUUCCAAUCUUUAUCUAAUAGAUUAUUUUCUUACUCUAUAUUUUGUUGUAUUUUAAUAUUUUAAAUCUACAAAAAUCAAACUAAUUUGAUUAUUGUUUGUGAAAUACUGUUUAAACAAUUGCAUAUUUUUAAAAAUAAUAAACUUUUAUUCUCCAAGUUAAAAUAUAUGAACAAAGAAAAAAAAGCUAAAAAAUUGCUAAAAAAAAUGUUAUUUCAAAGGACAGUAUACGUGUUUUUAUUUUGCAAUAAACAAAUUUAUUUAUUUAUAUGGAAAUUUACUAAAAAUUAAAAUGUAUUAAUCAUUAUCAAAGGUCAUUGGAAUGCGCAAUCAGAGCAAACUAUCCGCUGUCCUGCGCGUAGCAUUACAAAUUAAUGUUUAUUUAAAAAAAUUCCUGACGCCACGUGGUGGUUAACCGAUUUUAAUUUUAAAAUUUGUCAAUCAAAGGUACAGUAUUGUUCUAUAUGUAAAAAAAAAGAAUGUGUGUGUACUUUGUACGCACGUAAGAAGUUAUACUUCUAUUAUAAUAUAAUUUCAACGAAAUAAAUAUACCUACUUAACAGUUACAAUAUAACAAUAAUUACCAAAAAUGAACCAAAUUAACAAUGGCAAAUAUUAAAAAAAAAAAAGUAUGAAUCGUCCGGGAUUUGAACCCGCAAUCUCGCGAUUUUUUUAACUCUGAUCCAAUGCUCUACCAACAAGGCCAUCAAGCCGCAUGCUAGUUACUUUUCAGAUAUACAUAAUUAUACAUCACGGUGACAAGUGAAAUAUAAAAAUAGAUAUUUUAUUAUUUUACGCCAAAGGAAGACAAAUCCAAAGACACAAAAUUAUAAUAAAAACCUUUUAAACCACCUUUUUCAAAUUGCGCAAGUUGUAUUAUUAAUAUUAAUGUUAAAUGAAAUAUAAAUAUUUUGACGUUUCACAAUUUGACAAUUCACUUUUAACUGCAGUGCCUUAAAAAUUUUAAAGCACUAGUGCCUUAAAGUAGCAUUUUUAACGCUCCUAUGGAGUCCUAAAAAUUGCAUUUUUAACACGUUUGUAGAAAAAUAUAUUUAAAAACACUAAUAUAUUCUUUCCACACCUUUUCUGGACUGAUACAUACAUAAAUUAAAACAUUUUGAAGUAUAACUUCAAAAAUAUAAUAUGAAAACUAUUUAAACAGGCAGUAUAACUAUUAACUAACCUUUGUUGUUUCUCUUCCCACAAAUUUUAAAACGCAACAACCAUACAUAACCAAACCGUCAACCGUCCAAACCACAGCUGCGCUACAGCUGCCAUAUUGGAUAAUUUUUAACAUGUCAUUUGAACAUCCAAUCAGAACAAAGUUAUAAUGCGCAUGCGCCCGGAUCGUGGGUUUUAACAUAUAAAAAAAUUCACACUCAUAUCGCGCGUAAAGAAGUAUAACUUCAAAAAUUCAACUUGCUGACUGCUUUAUUUUCAGUCUUGUAACAUUUUGAAAAAAUGAAUUUUUUUUGCAAGUUGGAUUGCAAAAUCUGUUGAUCCGAUCUUAAUGGAAUUCACAGUAUUUUUUUAUUAUAUCAUAAAGUUUUUCUGGAUAAAAUAUGAAGGUCCUAAGUGUAUCAUAAAUGGUUGAAAAAUGCAAAAUGCGAAUACUUCUUUUUUAUGUUUUUUUCGCAAUUAUUGCUAUUUUGCAACAAGGGUGACAAUGUUGUACCAAUUUUGUCAAUUUUGUGACAAUUUUAACCAAUCCUAUAUUGUAGGAAAUUUAAUUUCACAACUUUUAUGUCGGUAAAACUUUUCUCAGAAAUUAAUACUUUUAAAGCUAUAAUCAAAAAACAAAGAAAAAAAAUCGAAUUUUUCCUUCAUUUUUUGACAUUUUGAUUAUUUAAACAAUGUUUCGGGCCUUUUUGAGUGGGAGGAUAACUCAAAUAUUAUUAUUUGAGUUACUUUCAAGCAAUUUCUGCAAAAAAAUUUGAGUCACCUCUCAACGUCCAAAUGUACUAAUAUUUUUACAGAUGCGCCCUGGUCUAAUAAUUAAUGUAUGUAAUGUAUAGUAUACUACAUUAAAUUAAAAUACCUAAAUAAGAGAGCGGCAAAAUUGUUUUCCGCCCCGGGCAGCCGACACUCACGCUACGCCACUGGUAUCAAUAUCGCAAGAGAAAUCUUCUGUCAUUUAAUAUAUUCUUGUAGACGGACUAUGUCAAAAUCUCAGCCGAAUCGGACUUAUAGUUUUGUUUUGACCGUAUAUGGAAGCGGGCGUGUCUAGGGAUUUUAGAAAAAUGAAAAAAGAGCAAUAUCGGUCGGUGAUCCCACUCUUUCGUGGAAAGGUAAUUCCGUAGCCAAAUCAAAAAGCACUUGGAUGCUGUAUAAGGUGACUCUUCUGCUUCGAUGGCGACUGUCAAAAAUUGAUGUAAUGAGUUUCAACGUGGUGGCAGGUUGGUAUUUGAUAAAUCACGCCUAGGUGCCCUAAAAACGGCUAAUACGGAAGGUAAGGAAGAAGAAAUUCACGAUCUCGUAUUGGUAGACAACCAACUGAAGAGGCGUGAGAUAACUGAGAUAGUAGCCAUAUUAAAACAUCGCAUGGAUCACAUCCUUCACGAAAUUUUAGGCAUAAGAAAGCUGUUAGCUCUAUGAGUGCUGCAUUUGCUCACUCCAGACAAUAAGUUCAACCAUGAGACCACUUCAAAGCAGUAUCUGAGAUUGUUUAAGCGUAAUCCAAUGGAGUUUCUAUGUUGCUUCAUAACUUUCGACGAAAUAUGGCUCCACUGGUCCACACCAGAGAUCAAGGAACAGUCGAUACAGCGGGCAUUACCCCGCGAACGUACUCCGAAGAGGACGAAGACCAUCCAAUAGGCCGGAAAGGUAAUGGCCACCAUUUGCUGGUAUACACAAGGUGUUAUCUAUAUCAACUUCCUGAAAAAGGAGAAAACGGUCACAGGGCUUUACUAUGCCGAAUUAUUGGGCUCGAAUUAACAAUGGCUAUAGCGAACAAACAGUUAACAAAAUUUUAAACCAAAAACUCCAUAAGAAAGCCCUGAAAUUAGUGUAUCCACCACCACAGAAAGGACCCAGUACCUUCUGCUCUCUCUAACAUAUACUGGCAAGAUAACAACAAAAAUAGCCAGAUACAUAAAAAAGAAAGGAAUAACAAACACCAGCUUUCAGAACUAACAACAAAUUAAGCAAAUAUAUUAAGAACAAUAAAAGCCGAAAGAGAAAGCAACUAUACAGAGUGGUGUGUACAAACUAACUUGUGGUGACUGUCCGAAAACUUACAUCGGUCAAACUGGCAGAACCUUUGACAAACGGAUAGCAAAACACAAAAGGGCUUUCAACAAUAGAAAAACAGACACUUCUACAUACGCACUUCACCUUCUAGAUCAUAAUCAUUCUUUCAAUGAAGAGUUUCAAAUUCUGCAUAUUCAAAAUAAAGGCCUUAAGCUAUCUUUUUUAGAAUCUAUGGAAAUUAAUAAAUUGAAAAAUACAGAUAUAAUUCUGAAUGACCAACUCGAGACAAACAGCUCCCCACUCCUCAACCUCUUCAGUUAAAGACUUAAGAAGGCCAACACAUUGUAAACUAUAUCACUUGAGAAAGGCACUCUGCCGAAACAGCUGUACACCACAUUCACAUAGCAAAUUCCCAACAUAAACAAACGCACGUGUUAACGAUUCGUCCACCCAUUCGUCAAGAAGCUAUUAAAUAUAAUGUAUCGCCCUAAACGAGGCGGUUUCUCAUUUUACAGGUCCUAACUUGUCAGUCUGCAAAUUCAAAUUGUAUUUUUUAGCGUGUUGGUUUUUAAGACAAUAUUAUUUUGUGUUAUGUUAUGUACUUUACAGUAGUUAUUGUUGAGUUAUUAAUUAAGACUGGUCGUGUUUUAUAGUUUUAUGUUUUAUAGUCGUGACAUGAAAUUUGGCAUACAUAUAGCUAAUAUGUCAAAGAAAAAAGUAAUACUGUGCCGAUGUGUGCUUUGGUCCUGGCAAAAAAUACACGUUCAAAAUAAUCCCGGAAAUGGAUGGAUGGUUUUUAGACGGUUUUUUGCAAAUAUUCCAAAAAGUAAAUAUUUUAUCGAAAAAAAAACAUUCUUAGCAAAAACAUAACUUAUAAAUAACAUAACCUUAUAAUAUGAUGCUACUUUAUUGAAAAUAUUCACAUUGUUAUGUAUAUCUCAGUUAAUAAAUAUUUUGUUUACAAUUAAAUUUCAAGCAAUUCUUACGGUAUUAGUUUCAAAAGUAAAUAUUUUUAAAAAACAUACGAUAUACCUCAGUACGGCCCUGUUUAGCUUCCACGUGCGUUUGUUUACAGUUGGGAAUUUGUAAAGUGAAUGGACGUAGUCACUUAGUUGUAAUAAAUUUUGUGGAAGUAUAGAAAACAAACGUU